UGUUGAGUCUGGGGGAGGGGGAGGAGCCGGAUACGGACGGUCCCGGGGCGGAGCCUGAGGAGGAAAACACAGAGAUAGACUCCAGCACUGACUGACCCUGAGAGAGAGAGAGAGAGACAGCCGAGGAUGUGACCGCAGAGAGACAGCUCCACAGCCUGGUGACACUCAUAUUAUAUGUUUGCUACUCGAGAUGGGGCGAAUACGUCCUCCAUGUCACGGCCUCGGAUCACUGAUACUAAUUCUCCUUAUCGCCCCCGUCUCCCACUCAUUCAUAUAUGCGUACACGGAUAAGAAUACUACUGAGCCGCGAGUGUUUGAGGAUCUUCCUUCUCUCUUUGGUUCCUCGUUGCCAAUAGAAGGAUUGAGGGGCUAUGUCAUCCAGGCUGAGCCUACAAAUGCCUGCACCCUCAUCACUCCCCCGCCUGCCACCGACAACAAGACCGUCUUCAUUGCUCUUAUACGGCGAUAUGAAUGCAACUUUGAUAUUAAGGUACUGCACGCACAGCUGUCGGGAUAUGAUGCUGCUAUUGUCCACAAUAUUGAUUCGGAUAAGUUGCUGAAUAUGGCGGGGAAUGAAGAGCACACCUACAGCCAGAUCACCAUCCCCUCUGUGUUCACCGGAGAGUCCGCCGGGAAGCGGCUGCGGGACCAGUUCUCUUAUUAUGACAGUGCCCACGUCUUCCUCAUCCCAGAUUAUUCCUUCAACCUCCAGUACUAUCUCAUCCCCUUCGUGGUGGUGGUGGCGAUUAUUAUUGUAGUCAUGUGUGGUGUGAUGGUGGCGCGAUGCGUCCAGCACAGGAAGAAGCUGCGCAGGAACCGCCUGUCCAAGGACCAGCUAAAGAAGAUCCCCAUUCAUAAGUUUAAGAAAGGGGACGAGUAUGACGUCUGCGCCAUCUGCCUGGAGGAGUACGAGGAAGGUGACAAGUUGCGCGUCCUCCCGUGUUCUCACGCGUACCAUUGCAGCUGUGUGGACCCCUGGCUCACGAAGACCAAGAAAAGCUGUCCCGUCUGCAAACACCGCGUCCUGCGCUCGGACGACGACUCCGACUCGGAGGGCGGCGGGGAGGCUGCCGCGGACGGCGAUGACGAGCGCACCCCUCUGCUGCGGCCUUCGCCCUCGUUUGGAAGCAUGGCGGACUCUCCUCCACCGGUCCCAGUGGAAGAGCGGGGGCCGGUAUCCACCACGGCGGUUGUGGUGUGAGGCCCUCGCCUGGUAUAGACUGCCCGGCCCAAUCCCACACUACCGGUGCCACUGACCAGCGCCGGUAACCCCCUCCCUCUGUGACUGACCCACUCCCCAUUUGUGUAUGCACCGACAAUAUUUUAUUUCCACACUGUGAUGUUGGUUCUGGUUCCCAUAAUCCUUUGCGGUGUGAUUUUUCACCCACAUCCCGUGACUUACUCUGCCAUUAGGAUGGAUACUUUGUGGAAUAAUUGUGCUGCUUGUGAGGAGGCACUCCAACCCUACACCCCCCCAAUCUAGGGCCGGCUACAUGGACCACAGACCCCCCUCCCCCCUGUGUGUAUUACACUCUUACCUCUGUAAUUAAUCUGAAUCUAAUUAUCCUGUACAGGUUUUAUAUAAAUUAAAUUUCUUAACGAAU